GAGCGUAGUCUGCUCCUGCAUUCAAAACAACCUUUUCAUUUUUUUUUGUUACGAAUCUGUAGGGCGUUUAUCUAUGCAUUAAGCGAAUCAUGUGACGGCGGCGUUUUAUAUCUUAUAUAAAGCGACAACUUUAUCCUAGACUAACAAUAAAUCUCGCAGUGUCAGUAAGACGAGACAAUGACUUCAAUUCGUCAAAUCUCUGUCAAGUUCCUCAACUGGAAUUGACUAACAAACUGACAAAGACCAGAUAAAUCAGUAAAAUUUUACCAAUUUAACACCAUGACUGACAGCCAAACACAGCAGAUUGAAUUAAGCAGUGACAUUUCAACAAAUGAUAAUGGCACAUCCACAAAAAAAGUCACGGGUACUGCUCCUGAUGUUGUGCUGCUUUGUGAAGGGGAAAGAAUCUCAUGUCAUAGAGCUGUUUUGGCCAAAGCAAGUUCUUAUUUCAGUGCUAUGUUCAGCUCAAGUUUUGCAGAAAAAGAUGAACGGUCCAUCACUAUUAAGGAUGUAGAUGGGUUUAUGCUUCGUGUACUUGUAGAUUUAUCCUACGGCUAUCCAUUGCAGCUGGAAGAUGAAAAAAGGAUGCUAAAACUUCUUGAGACAGCCUCAAUGCUGCAGUUUCUUGAAGUUCAGACCAUGUGUGUGCAAUUCUUACUCCAUACUUUGAACGAAUCAAAUGCCCUAGAGUUCUUUGCAUUGGGUGACAUGAUUGGAGUACCUGAACUGUCAAAACAAUCCUUCGCCUACCUUCUGUAUAACUUUGAUAGCAUCGUCGAAUCGAGGGAACUGCUGAGUCAACUACACAUUGAUUUGCUCUUGAAACUCCUCGAGCAUCCUAACCUCAAUUGCAACGUGGAAAUUCAAAUCCUUGAAAUAGUCGAUCGCUGGAUUAUCGAUCAAAGUGACAUCAUUCCCGAGGACAGAGUGUUCAAGCUCUUCUCUUGCACUCGAUUCCGAGUCUUGACUGAGGACGAUUUGAAGAAGAUAGCCUUGCUCCCCUUUGUCCAAGAGUCAAAAAUGCUUUCCAGACUCGUGUCCAUUCUCAGUUUGAAAUUAGACGCAACGCUCCCCAAUCCAUGUCGAUGCCAUUGCCAUAUUGAAGGAAGUUCCCCCCUACCGAAGUUGGAGGGAUGCCAAGCUUGUAGUGGUUUUCAAGUGGCGGUUGCGGAUGAAGUGGAUAGUGAUCAAGAUGCACAAGAAGAAAAUUCCUGCCUCUCGACUCCCGAUUUUGAAAAAUUUCGAUUGCGGGAAAUUUUUAGGUCUCCUUGCUGUUCCAAGAAAUCGGAAUCCUCGAUCGACAGCUCUGAAAAGAAAGGAGAGGUGAGUGAUUGCUAUCCGCAAGAGAUUCUCGAUUUAGUGGAGCAACUUUUAGCCACUUCACCCAGAGUUCCCCCAUUCGUUCCGAGCGUCGUCGGCCAUGUCCGACGUAUAGAAGUGCCCACAGAUGGACCAAGUUUGAAGAAAUCGAAACACAUAGAAGGGCCUUCUUUGUUGAUGUACAAUUUCAAGAGUAAAAGCUUCAACAGUUUAGUUAAACUUUCCAAAAUCCACGAAGGACCUGUCGAAGCUUCCGGUUAUAAAGUCUGCACACUAGGGAAGGAUAUCUUCAUCUUUGGUGGAGAGUACAUGUUUGGCUACAGCAAUUGGCAAAAUUCCGUUUGGCGAUGGGACAGUUUCAAAAACAUCUGGAACAUUGAAACAUCGUUGUUGUCAUCCAGACGGCACCAUUCGCUCUGUGUCUACGAAGAAUUCAUCUAUCUAAUUGGUGGAUACGGGAAACAUAGGAUCAUAUUGGAUUCUGUUGACCGUUACGACACUUUCAAAUGUUCGUGGAAACGCUGCGCUCCAUUGCCUAGUCCGCUUUAUUCAGCGGCAUGUUGCAGCCACAAAGGAAUUAUCUACGUGUUUAGUCACCAGGUAUUUUCUUAUGACCAACAGUCGGACGAGUGGCACACAUUGGCGAACGUCAGGUUACCAGCGGACACCACGUUUUCCCAGGCCAUGUCCGUCAAGGAUAGCGGAAUAUAUUUAACAAGUGUGUACUCCAACUUUCUUUACCACUUUGACCCGGAUGCGGAGUCGCUCGCGGUCGGUGUCGUCGGCAAAUUCGAGAACAAUGUGCUCAACAGCUGCUACGUUGAAAGUCUCCAGAGUAUUUUCACAUUUUCCACAGGUGAAGUCAGUGAAUCGGCUGGCUUCCCACCGUCGCAUCAGGUAGAAAUUUUUGACUUGGCUAGCAAAUCAUUCACCGUCCUUUGGAAACAAACUUCAGACGAAGGUCUCAUUACGGAUUUCGGAAUUAGACACAGUUUAGGCUGUUUCCCAUUCCUGUGUUACGAAUAGCAAUAAUUUCUGUCACGAUUAUUUCCCAGACUACUUAUAGCCUUUCCCUUUAUUAAUUGCGCAUUUUUUUGUAAUUUUUCCUUUGUGAUAAAUGUGGUCUAACAAUGUGAACAAAAUGAACCGACCAUGUACUUUAA